GAGCGAGAGCGGGGAAGGCUGGGCAGCGCAGGAGGCAGCCAGGAACCCAGGACCGGGAAGCCGGUGGAAAUUCCAGAGAGGAGGACCGGGGGAGAAGAAGUCCUGGUGGCCAUCUCUUGCUGAGCCAGGAUGGGUGACUGGAGCUUCCUGGGAGAGUUCCUGGAGGAAGUACACAAGCACUCUACAGUGAUCGGCAAGGUCUGGCUCACCGUCCUCUUCAUAUUCCGCAUGCUGGUGCUGGGCACGGCUGCCGAGUCAUCCUGGGGGGAUGAGCAGGCAGAUUUCCAGUGUGAUACCAUGCAGCCUGGCUGCGGGAACGUCUGCUAUGACCAAGCCUUCCCCAUCUCUCACAUCCGCUACUGGGUGCUGCAAAUCAUCUUCGUGUCCACACCAUCAUUGGUGUACAUGGGCCACGCCAUGCAUACAGUGCGCAUGCAGGAGAAGCGGAAGAUGAGGGAGGCUGAGAGGGCCAAAGAGGUCCGGGGCACUGGCUCUUAUGAGUACCCAGUGGCCGAGAAGGCAGAGCUGUCCUGCUGGGAAGAAGUGAAUGGAAGGAUUGUCCUCCAGGGUACUCUGCUCAACACCUAUGUCUGUAGCAUCCUGAUCCGCACGACCAUGGAGGUGGCCUUCAUUGUGGGCCAGUACCUCCUCUAUGGGAUCUUCCUGGACACCCUGCAUGUCUGCCGCAGGAGUCCCUGCCCCCACCCCGUCAACUGUUACGUAUCCCGGCCCACAGAGAAGAAUGUCUUCAUCGUCUUUAUGCUGGCUGUGGCUGCACUGUCCCUCUUCCUCAGCCUGGCUGAGCUCUACCACCUGGGCUGGAAGAAGAUCAGACAGCGCUUUGUCAAGUCUAGGCAGAGCAUGGCUGAAUGUCAGCUUCCUGGUCCCUCUGCGGGCAUAGUCCAGAACUGCACACCACCUCCUGACUUCAAUCAGUGCCUGGAGAAUGGCCCUGGGGGGAAAUUCUUCAAUCCCUUCAGUAACAAGUUGGCUUCCCAGCAGAACACCGACAACCUGGCCACUGAGCAAGUACAAGGCCAGGAGCCAAUUCCUGGGGAGGGUUUCAUUCACAUCCGUUAUGCCCAGAAGCCUGAGGUACCCAGUGAAGCCUCCCCAGGUCACCGCCUGCCCCAAGGCUAUCAGGGCGACAAGCGCCGCCUCAGCAAGGCCAGCAGCAAGGCCAGGUCAGAUGACUUAUCAGUGUGACCCUCUAGUGUGGGGGAACCAGGACCAGGUGGGAACCGAGGAAGCUCAGAGAGGGAAGAUGUGUCCCUGCUGACCCCAUCUCUCAUUCUCAUACCUGCUCUGCUCCUUUUGGGCUUCAGGUCUCAGUGGCAUUGCUCAUUUAUUCCAGAAAGUAGGACCAGGGCUCUGGGAGUUCAGGCAGCAACAAGGCUACCCACCCAGGCUGCUAUCCCUUCCCAUCCUCUACCCAGUGUACAUAGAAGGCUUUCAGAUUCUUCAGUCAACAGGGUAGAGGAAGAAAAGGGAACAGUGGUAAAUCUAGCCUGGGAUGGAUAGCCAGAAGGAUAGCAUGGCUCUCUACAUACCAGCCACAUACCAGAUGGGUUCUCCAUCUGGUACCAAACGGGUUCUCCCGUUUCUGUAGCUUCCUUGACGUGAUCACCCUUCUUCUUGCAAGGAAGAGCCCAAAGUUCCCAGCCAAUAAAGAAUACCAAUCAAGGACCUUACAUUAGAUGUGCUCUUGAAUCUGUUGUCUCCCUGGGUCAAACCUUGGAGUGAUGGUGAGGUGGACUUGGGCUGCCCUUGGCUGCCCUCCCUCUACCCAGUCUUACUUAAAAAGAGGUCCUUGGAACUUGACCAGCAGCCUCAACUUUACAAGUGCUUUGGUAUGUACCUCUGGCAAAUGUCCCACCUUAGUGAUGCUGCAAUCUUUACUUCUGCCAGGGUGACAACUAGCCCAUGGGGGUGCAAGCUCCCCCAGGGAGUGACUGUAUACACAGGCUCCGCUGGAAUCCCUGCCACCACCUGUCAUCCUGUGGCUCUUUUACAGCUCAACCCAAUGAUAGAAACCAUCCCAUCCCUUCCUCCCUUGGCUGUUCACCCAGUGCUCCCCUAAAGACCUUAUCGACCAGAAUGCCCAAGAAGCCGUCGUCCUCUCUCAGAUCCUGACCAGUUCACCAGCCACGAAGGCCAUUGGAAUUUCCCUAGGUCUUAUUAAAACAAAAAGGGCAUUGUGCUUCUCAGAUUCCCUUUGGGAAAAAAUAAUUCUGCUGUGAAGAUAAAAAUAAAAAAAAAAGAGAGAAAAUACUGGAAAACUGUUUUCCCCUCCUAUUUAUUUCCCUUUCUGACUGCCAACUUAGAGUGCCAAGAGGAGGUGUGAUGACAGCUAUGGAGCCCCCAGAGCUCUCUCUUCCUGCAGGGCUUAGCAGGGGCAUGGAAGCAGUAAGGGAAUCUCCAGCUCUCUUGGCAGGGGCCUCAUUUAAGAGCACAGAGAUUCCUAUGUCUCCCCAGUGCUCCUAACAAGACAGCUGGAAAGCAGUGGUGACUGAGGACUGCAGAAAAGCCCUGCCUUCCCAGGGACUGGCCUGGUUUCUCUGUUCAGUCCAUCUGUAAUGGGUGGUUGCCAUUUUGGAUGAAGGUAAAGGAUGCUCAGAAUUGGAUACUGAGACAA